GCUUUUGUUUAGCGUUCUCUUAAACUGAAAUGUGUGACUCUGCUAAGUGCUAAGUUUUUUCGGAUACGAUGAAGUUAGGGAUGUAUUCAAGGUGGUAUGUAUAACAAGUUUCGGAUGAAGUAACAAAGGAAUAUCAGGUAUACACGAUGACAUCGGAUGAAGAAUCUUCUUCUUGGAGACCGAUCAUAUGUAAGCAUGACCAUGCACCAGUUACUGAAGGACUAUUUAAAGGAGGAGUUUUGUACUAUGGAGCUAAAUCCAAUAGUGACAAAUCUGUGGUAAUGAGCUUCAACGUGAGUUCUGAAGAUUUUAGUGUCAUUGAGUUGCCUAAGGAAGUCGAACUUAUUCAUCAUUGGAGAUUGGUGAAUUACAAAGGGGAUAUCGCCUUAAUGCACUACGGUGAGUACUAUAGAUUGACCCGCAGUGGAGUAACUGACAUGUGGGUUAGGAACGAGGUUGAUGGAAAUUGGGAGAGAAACAGCAUUAAGAUUUCUCAUUGGAAAGAAACUUUUGAUAAUAAGGAGUUUCAUUUCAAAGCUACCAUUGGAACAAAAGAACUUGCUUUCGCACCACACCCAUUGAUUGGGGAACAACUCUUUGUGUUGUUUUCCGAUGCAGACGCAACGAACUUCAGAAGAUUUGAGAUUGAAAGAAUGGUUGAUCAAGAUCAUUUUGUACGAACCUUCUUUGAUCAUGUUGAUAGUACUUGGCUUAUAUGAAGAAUACGAGUUGGUCCACUGAUUAUCAGAAACUCGUUGGUUGCAUAUUGUUCAGUCUCUCAAGUCUUAUUGGGAUUGUUAGUCAUCAUUUCUAAUUUUCUAUUGUCGUUAAUCUUUACUUAUGAAUUAUGAUAAAUAAUAAUGUUGUCUCUCAAGUAGAACUAGUGGUCUUAUUGGGAUUGUUCGUUUUUUUUACUGCCGUUAAUCUUUAUUUUAUGCUAUAUAACAAAAUUGAAGCUUCCUAUAUGAAAAAGUAAUAGGGUGAAAAACAUAAAGUUCUUUAGUCUAAUAGUUUAAUUCUUGAUUUCCUUCCAAUUUGUUUAGUUUAUUAAUUUCAUGAUGGUUGCAAGAACUAUAAUUAUAUCUUUAACGCCAAGAGAGUAGCAGCCA